GAACAUCGAACGGCCAUCGUCUGCUCUCUGUAUCCGGUUUACCAUCAUCGACAGCCCCCGUUUUUUCGGUUGAUCUACCCUGGAUUGCCCUCCUUGUAGAUCCGGCUACGCAAAUCCAGAGAACCCAGCGGAGAAUCCACCCUCGGCUAAAGAAGCCGAGGAAAGUUCCAGAGAGUGAAUUGGCGGCCAUGUUGUCGGCUACCUGGGUCACCUGCACGUGCCGUGCUCCCCCGCCCCCCGCUUAGAACGAUUGGGGGAGGGGAGGCAUGUGAUGCCGCCUUGGGCAGACACCAUGGGAAACACUCAGCCCAGGAGUAGUCACCAUCAUCAUCACCACCACCAACAGCAACAACAACAACAGCGAGAUCAACCUCAACACCACCACCAGCGCCGCAACCGAAGAGAAUCGUCUGUGGACCUUGCGGCUGUCACUGAAGCUCACGGACUCGUCUCGGACAUGCUGGCUGACCCCCAACUGCCUCCCCACAUCCUGUCGGGGCUGCGGACCCUCUCCAACCUCCUCUCUCCCACCCCCGCUUCUACAUCCUCGUCCUCGUGCUGCGCCCCUCAGAGGGUGCACCAUAGGCGGUCGCCUCAGAGACGGAAGGCCAGCCUUAUCCUCCCUUACUUCCGGUCAUCUUCGGACAAUGAGGAAAUACCUUUCACGGGAGAGAGACCGUCGGCUUUGCCCAAGCGUCUUCGCAAGAAUCUCGCACCCAGCGUUCUACGGCGGAUGUCGACUGCCACCUGGACGACCACUACGUCAGCCACAGGCAUGCCAACUCUUGAACCCGAACCACUCCGCAAGCGAAGCACCAGCUUCCGCAAUCUCCAGUCCCCACCUCCCACCGCCUCCAUGGAGGAGCAACAGUUGUAUCAGGAACAGCAGUUGUAUCAGGAACAGCAGUUGUAUCAGCAGGAAAUAGAGAAAGAGGAGGAGAGGCAGUUUUCACCCGGGGGAGCGAGUCAGAGCAGCCGACAUGCCUUCAUGUUAUCUUCCGUCAACAAUAUCAAAAACACCUCCAGCAAUACCAUAAGCCUGGAGUCUUUGAUUGCUGCUCUUCCGGAGCAACAAAAGCCCCCGACCAAAGGUCAGCGGUCCUUUUCUACGACCGCCAUCCCCUCUGGCCACCCCCAGCGGAGAGAUUCUCGGGAGCGAAAAACCGUUGCCUCCUUGCAUCCUCUGACGCCCCAUGACGUGCAGUGUCUCACAAACUUGCACGAGAGUGCCACCAAGGGGGAGGAAGGGGGACAGCAGGAGGGAGAGGAAGAGGGACAGGAGCAGCAGAAGGCAACCAUUAAGGAGGAGGAGGAAGACGAAGAGGAGGAGGAAGACGAAGAGGAGGGCCUGCCCCCUCUGCCCUCAUUCCGCCGCUCUGCUGCCGCCAUGUCCUCGGAUUAUGAGAGCAGUGACUCUCCUCCUAGCGGACCAGAGGAUGCUGGGGGACGGAGAAUUCUCAGGGCCCACGCCUCGGUGCAGACCUCCUUCUGGUCGGGAGUUGGGCCCUGCACCCUCUGCGGGAGGUCGGCCCCUUUCACGCCCUCUCCUCUCGCCUUCGCGCCCAAUCUCUCGCAGAAGCCUCCCUUGGAGGAAGAACCUGAUGACGAUGGACCUAUCAUUCAUCUGCCGGAUACUACAUACGAUUUGCCCGCCCUAGCAAACGAUCCAGUUUUGGGUCUUAUCGACAUUUGGGAUUUCCCAGUGUUCGAAAUGGCGCGCCAAGCAGGGAAUCUCAUUCUUAGCCAAAUGUGUUACCGUGUGUUCCUAGCCACAGGGUUAUUUGAAUCUUUCCGAAUACCGUUAACUCCCUUCUUUGCCUACUUCCAUGAACUUGAAAAAGGCUACAGAGAUAAGCCAUAUCAUAACUCAAUGCAUGCGAGCGACGUACUCCACGGUGUCUACUUCCUAAUCUCUCAGCCCAUUCCAGGAUUUUGCCAAGUCUCUUCGGAUUCGACGGAUUCACCACUGCACAGGACUCUAAGCGGCCGAGAAGCUCAGGAAAAAUGGCCUUCGUCCCGACAAGGCACAGUCGAGAAAAAAGUAAAGGCAUAUAUAGACGACGAGGACGAUGAUGAUGAGGACGACGAUGAUGAGGAGGAAAAGGACGUAUAUGGAGUGAUGGGUGCGAACUUCCCUGCUUUGGAGAUCAUGGCUCUUUAUGCAGCCGCUGCAAUGCACGAUUAUGACCACCCGGGAAGGACCAACGCUUUCCUCGUGGCCACCUUUUCACCGCAGGCAAUACUCUAUAAUGACCGCUCUGUGCUGGAGAACCACCACUCGGCCGCGGCGUGGAGUUUGCUGCUCUCGGACAAUCGCUACAAUUGGUUGCGCCACUUGGAUGAGGCGGAGUUCAAGAGGUUCCGUUUCCUGGUCAUUGAGUUGAUUCUGGCGACAGACCUAAAGAGGCAUUUCGACAUAGUCACGGAAUUCAAUGCCAAGAUGGCGGAUGAAGAAUCUCCCUUCAUCGACUGGAGUAAUGAAGCCGACCGACUUCUGGUAAUGCAGAUGGCCAUAAAGUUGUCCGACAUCAACGGUCCUUGUAAGACACAAGCGCUGCAUAUGCAGUGGACAUACCGGAUAGCAGAAGAAUUUUACGAGCAAGGGGACGAAGAGCGAGCUCUCGGCCUCCCGAUAUCUCGUUUCAUGGACCGCACCAAUCCCCAGUUAGCCAAACUUCAAGAGUCUUUCAUCGGCCACCUCGUUGCGCCCUUGUGCCGGGGCUACGCCGAAGCGGCUCUUCUUCCAGGAGUAUGGAUUCGAAUCUCAGAUGAUCAAAGCGCUGAAGAAUUAUCUGAAGAUGAUUUGGAUCUACCUCGAAGAGUGGAAGAAGUUGCAAAAGGGGGUCUGAAGAGGUCGAAAUCCAAGAAGUAUAAAAAAGCAGUCUUCUGCGAACAAACUAGAAAUCUCCAAGAUAAUUAUGACUACUGGAUGAGAGUUCAAAGGAGGGAGGAAGAACAAAAGAAAAAGGUGUCCAAUAGAGAAACUAAAGAGCCUUGUACAUAGGAGUCGGCUGCAGCCAAGACCUCCCCAGGACUCUCGCAUACUUGAGCACACAGGCAUGCGCACAUCAAAAGACUUGCAAUGCGCGUGCACAGACUCUCGCAGGACAAUCCAGAGCUUAAACUUUGUCAAACAUUUCUUUUUCCAAGCAACUCUUCAAUUCUUUCUGUGAUAACCCACCUUGACAGAGACCCGACCUUAUUGAAAAGUGAAUCCCCCCAGUGGAUGCCUCUUCCUCUUCGUAUACGGGUUCCGGACCGAGGUCGGUCCAGUCGUCCGAUAGAAGAGUCGGGUGUCUCGAGUAGACCUACUAUCGAGACAGAGGCAAGAACUGGAUCGUGUUACGAUAGAAGAUGGUGUUGGAUUUGUUAUAACCUUUCCGUGACAUCUACCAAAAAUUCUGUUUAAAUAACCUCUAACGCAUAAAUGACUGGCAAUCAAAAAUUUAGAAAAAAUUAUUUCAGUUCUUUCUAAAUUCAAACAUAUUUAUGGGAAUUUUCACAUUUUUAAUUGAUUUGUGUCAGUUUUGAAAACAGAUUUAGCUUGCAACUGACUUACUUUCAAAAACGAUAUCAAUGUUUCUCAGUUGUGCCUGAAAAAUAUUUGAAGAAAAAAAUAAUACCAUCCACUGGAUUUCGUCUACUUUCUAUGUCAUUUAAAAUAAGUUUAUAAAUGACUAGAUGCUUGAUUCAACAAUUCCAUUUUCAAAAGACACAUUACAUCAAUUGUGAUUCAAAUUUUUCUUCAAUAAAAGAAUUUGACACAUUUUUUUUUUAUUUCGGCAAUCCUAAAGGAUUUGAAGUAUUUGAAGAAAAAAACUCCAAGCCAUUUUCAACCAAAAAGUUUUUUAAAAAAAUCAAAUUAUGAAGUCAUAACCAGCACCAUUUUCUUUUGUAGUCACUCGGUCUGAAAUCUUGCCUCCAAACACACAGUCUCUCGAUUGUAUUUCUAGUCCAGUGUUUAUAGAGACGGCGGACCAUCCACUAAAAGGAAGAUCUUCUCCCAUUCCAAGACGAACCUCCUUUCCUCUAUAUUCGCCAUCUUUUUGUGUGAAAGAGAACGGAGACAACACCAAACAGAAUCAGAAGGAACUUCCCUUCGUUGCCACAUUGAGUAAAAGUGAGGAGAAUUAAUCUCAACUCGGGAUCAAAGAGUGCAUUUAGUUUUGAACUCCACGGAAGAAAAAAAAAUUCAUUCAUUCAUCUUAGAUAUGACUGGCUAUUAUGUCCUACUAUGUAAGAUUAUGUGGAAAAUGACUUCUUAGUUCUCAAAAUGUUUAAGUUCAGAGAGAUAUUUUUUUCAUAUAUAACAACGUUAUGGUUUUCCCAACAUGGUAACUACUUCUGGUUCUCAUUAUGGGUUGUUGCCACAAAAAUAAGCUUAAUUCUAAGUAAAAAUGGUACCAGUAUUUCGAAAGUGUUUAAGUCCAAAGAGAAGUAAUUUUUGAACUAGAUGAUGACAUUGCCCAUCAUGGUAACUACUUCUGGCUCUCUUUGUGGGUUGUUGCCACAGAAAUAGGCUUAAUUCUGAGUAAAAGAGAUGCAGAAAGUGGUUAGAGUUAUGAAGCAAAAUUUGCAUUAUGUUAAAUAACAUUCCUCGAACUAAUUUAAUAAACGAUUUCUUGAAAAAUAUCCCCAAAAUCAAUUAAACAUACCAUAUUUUAAUUAAUAUCUCCUUUGAUUCAAUGAACUUUGAUAAGAUUUGGAAUUAUGAAUCUAUUGUCUAAUGACACAUUUUAUACAGGAAUUGCUUGAAUCUAAAGAAAGAGCUCACAUCUGCCAAGUGAGCAUCAAUAAGCUUAAUCAAUAAUGGUGUCUUUGUUUUCAACGUAAAUUUAAUUGCUGGUUUGAUCUAUCUAUACAGGCAUGAAGGAUAUAAUUUGUGUCCUUAGUAAUAAGACUUAAUGCUAAAUUUGGCUUAAUGCUAAGUUUUACAAUUACAGAUUAAGCUGUUCUGUUAGUAGCUCUGGAUUUAAAAUAUCUCCUAUCAUUACCAGAGGAUAUAAUUUCUAUAACUUUCUCGUAUACAGGGUGUCUCUGAAAUCGAAAUGGUGCAAAUUUAUCAGGCAGAAUGAUUGGAACUCUAGGCAGAAUGAUUGGAUCGGUGGUCAUAUCGAUCAUAUUUUCCUUUGAAAUUGCAUCUGCUUUUUUCAAUAAUCCUUUCAAAAAAUUUUAUAAACCAUGAUAACUUCUGAUUCUUAAUUCAUUUUUCAUAAACUAUUUUUAAUUUCAAGUUAGUUAUAAAAUUAUAACCAGUCAUCGAUUCGAAUUAUAUUUUUAAAAACAUUUUAGGCAAUUUUAUAUGAGUGAUGAUUUUCGAAUGAGUUUCGUCUUUUCGAGUAUCAUUUUUUAGUCGUAAUGUUCCAUUGAGAUAACAAAAAACAAAGAUUACUGAGUAUAAAAUUAAAAAUUACAAGGAAUAUACAAUAAAUAACUUCUCUUACAAUAUCGAAUAAUUCAAUAUAUGGACUUAAACAUUUCGAAAACUAAAAAGGUCACGUUUGUAUAUUUAUAUCAUUCUGAGCUUUAAAUCACCUUCUACUAUUAUUUGUUUGUAUAUUUUAUCCAAAGUGUUUUUGUUUGUUUCCAUUUUGAGCUUUGUUUUUUUCCAUCAAUUUAAAUCGAUUAUUUUGUAAAUAUAAUUUGUAUCGUUGAUUCAUCACAAUUCAUGUAUAUUAUUUCAGCACCAAUGAUAGUUGAGAUACCAUAAAUGUUAAAACCCAUCAUCUUAUCGUAUUUCAAAUUAAAGUGCAUGGAAAUUUUGUACAGAUAAAGAAAAAUUAUGAAAUAAUCUCAUUUUGAUGUAUAUUGCGAUAUUUAUGAAUUUAUAAUAUUAUAUCAUUGUUACAUUAUGUCAUUCAUCGACGCAUAAUUGAUUAUUUAGUUCCUUUAUAACCUUACAUUUAAAAGUAUGAACUUGCAUCCAAACUUGUAUGAACAUAUCGAGAAUACAAUGAAAAUGGCUAUUUUAUGCAGCUGAUAACUAUAAUCAAAAAAGGACAGUUUUGGGAAUUCUGGGACCAAUGUCGAAUGAGCAAAAAGGAUGUUAACAGUGCAUCGUAAAGCGCCAUGUUUACUAAAAAUCUUCAUUUUUAAAACUUGAACUCGCCUCAAAAAAGUAUUUUUGUAAAUUCUAAAUUUGAAAUCUAUUUGAAAUAUUUUUACUGAACGAGUUUGAAAUUAGAUGAAAAGUAUUAUCUUCUAAUUGUGAGAAAAACACAAUAAUUAUUAGUGAACAUUUUUCUCUUCGAAAAAUAAUUAUUUUCUCAUAUUAAAUAUAGAAAAAAAAAUAAG